UGCCAUUCUCUUCAUGCAGCCAUAAUGUGAAAGUUGCAUAAUCUUUGAAACAAAUCUUCCUGGAAUCUGUUUUUGUCCAAACAAAGUUCUGGUAUUUUAUCUGCAAUUACAAACCUGCUCCAAACUAGGCGUGUAAUGACAAGACACUUUCCUCGGAAAGGCUGACGAAAUUCAAGGAGGAAGUCAUUCAGGUUGUUUUCAUUCACUGGACUUUCAUUUUGUGAGCAGCACCUCAGAGGAAUAAGGCAGAACUGACUUUCUCCUGGAAGACAAAAUGAAUACAACCAACUGCAUAACCAGACACAUGGACUUAUUUGAGAAUAAAGUGCUGCCUGCUCUUUACAUUUUUGUAUUCGCUGUUGGACUGCUGCUGAAUGUAUGGGGAAUUAAGUCUUUGCUGCACAACUGGAAGAAACUGCGUAUUGUUAACAUUCUUGUUCUUAACCUUGGACUAGCAGAUAUGUUGUAUCUGCUGACACUCCCCUUUCUGAUUGUGUACUAUCUUAAAGGAAGCAAAUGGACCUUUGGAGUACCUUUCUGCAAGAUAACAAGAUUCUGCUCUAAACUCAAUUUAUAUGGCAGUAUUGGAUUCCUCACCUGUAUAAGUGUGUACCGAUUCCUGGGUGUUGUCCAUCCAAUCAGAGUAAAGGGGAGACUGACUUCAACUCACUCUGUAGUCAUCUCAGUCCUAGUGUGGAUUUGUGUAAGUGCUCAAAGUUUUCCAGACAUGUUGUUUCCCAAACAUUCAGAGAACAUGACUGGACAAUGUUAUGAUACAACUGAUUUGAAAAAUGUGGAGAGAUACCUGCACUACAGCCUCUGCUGGACGUUCAUCGGAUUCUUCAUCCCGUUCGUCGUCACCGUGGGUUGCUAUGGACAUGUGACUCUUGUUGUCUCCCGCUCAAAUACGGUGAAAAAGCAUCGGAAACAACAAAUCUUAAAACUGAUGGUUUUAUUGCUUUUUCUCUUCUCAUUUUGUUAUGCGCCCUACCAUGUUUUCAAGAACAUGACCCUGUAUGCCAGAGUUCAGUUUGCCAGGGAUAUUUGCCCCACGUGGAAUUCUGAAGUUUUCAUUGCACAUCAGGCAAGUCGUGGUCUCGUGAGCCUGAACAGUGCUCUUAACCCGCUGGUUUACUUAAAUGUAAAUAAGGAUAUGACUGUUCAGUUGAAGCAGCUGUUGGAUCAAGGCUCACAGAGUUUCAGACGUUUGUUCGAGUCCAGAUCCAGUUCUGUGCCGGUGCCACAGAGUGAAGAAGAAGCUGUCAGUUCUUUUUAAGAAAAGGUCUGAUUUUUGGUGACUAUCACGAGGGAAAUCGUUGUGAUGUUCUUUUCACUUUGUAUUCUUCCAUCUUCUUGAUUAAUUAAUCAAACUUAACUGUCCCUGCUACAAUAGCAGAUAAUAUAAUGUGGGAAUGGAGAAAGUCUCUUUUGAACACAUUUGGUUGAAUAAUUUUUUUGUUUGUUUUCAUUCACACAUGAUCAAAAUUAUGUAUACCCAUACACAUUUAUUCUUUCUUUCAAAUGUUCAUUAUGAAUACACACUGCAAUAAAAUGCAAAAACAUUCAGACUAAACACAAAUUACAGUUUUUAUGAAUGAUUUUAUUUAUUAAAACAAACACACCCUAAACUGAAUAACUGGUUUGGUCUUGAUUUCCAUAGAAGCAACACCCAUAAAAUGUGACAGCUGGAUGGCUGGAAGUGAGUCUUUUACGUCACUGUGUAAGAAUUUUGGCCCACUCAUCUCUUCAUAUUUGUUUUAAUUCAGUUGCACUGGAGGUUCAUUAGCCAGAUUUUAGCACUUUAGGUUCCUCUGGACUUGAUAAAGCGCUACUCAAAUACCAGUAAUUUAUAUUUAUCACUCUAAAUUCUCUGUUAUGUUAUUCUUUUUUUCUUCAGAUGUUAAAGCUGAGUUGGGUUGCCUGCAGGAUCCAUUGCCUGCUACAUAAUCCAAGUGUGUUCAAGCUUAAAGAUUUACUGAAACCAGCAACUUGAGGACAAGUUUUACAUGUCACAACAUAGCAAGAAAAAAAAUGUUUCUGUAGAAAUGGGCGUGACCUAAAUACUUGUUAGGAAGUGGAUGAAAGAAUGAACUCACACACUGUUAUUCUCAACCUGCACACAUAUACAGAAUUGAGACCAUUUUUCUCCAAAAUGUUGGAAUUUGUGACUGGAAACACAUCUCUCUCUGUUCUCCUCGCGAGAUAAAAAGAAUCUAACUCUCUUGUCUUUUCUGUGUUUGUUUAAUUUGUCUUUAAUAGGUGUCAAAGCUGACAAUCACAAAAUGUUCUCGCAAUAGCGGGAAAAACCCUUGUCAAACACAGAGAUGGUUCUGCUGCAGAAAAGACGUCCGACUUUAAUUUGAUCAGGCUGCCCCAGUGCUGAACUAACACUGCAGGAAAAGCGGUGUUUUUGACCCUGAAUGUCUGUAUCUGUUCCAUUUGUGUGACUUGCAUGGCUUGUAACCUUUAAUCUUAUUUCGGCAUUAAAAGCCUGUUUCAUACUUAACCAAAUCUCAUUAUGUUUCUAAGUAAUAAUACUGAGGGGUUUUGGUCAGGGGUGGAAAAAUGAAUGAACUACAACACUACUUUCCACUUUAGAGUGGAAAAAUGAAUGAACUACAACACUACUUUAGAGAUAAUGUUCAGGGAGGGUGCUAACCAGCAAGCCUGUUGUCUACACAAACUAUUGCUUGACAUCAAAGAUGUCCACUGAGUAAUUAUCCACAACAAGGAAUUCCCCUUUAAGCAGGGAGAAAAAGGCUCGUUGCCCAGGAUGUAUGUCUGGU